AUGAUUACUUUUUGGGACAUCGUCCUAUCAGAUGAUUUCUACUACGAAACACUGCCGAACGGCUAUCGUAUGCUUCACACCAGUAUCGGCAACAUUCUUGUAGGCAAGUCUUUGAAUCUGAAAAAAGGCGAUCUCAACAAUCCAGUACUCCACGACGAACUUUCUGAACUUGUUCAAAAUUUUUGGAAACUAGAAGCAGUAGGAAUAAUGGACGAUCCUACUCGAAAGGAUGACGCUGUUUGUCUCCAGUUCUUCAAUGACACUAUCGAAUACAAUCACAAAGAAAAUCGAUAUGUGGUCAAACUACCUUUCAAAUACGAUGCAACACAGUUACCCGACAAUUUCAAAUUAGCCUUCUCGAGACUUUCCAGCUUGCUCAAGUCAUUGAGAAAUAACGUGUUCCACGGCGUCAACAAUGUUGCCGAAGGGAAGUCGUUCUUCGCCGACUCCAAAGAAUUGUUCCGCCAAGCAGGCAUGAACUUGAGAGAAUACGCCAGCAAUUCUUCAGAACUAAACAAGCUUUUUGAAGAAGAAGAAGGUAGAAGUAUGGCGCAAACACAAAAACUUCUCGGCCUCCGAUGGAACACUCUUACCGAUGAGCUGUUUAUCAGCCUCCCACGAAAACCACCAGAGCAAACCAAAUGGACGAAACGGAAGGUGCUGAAAGAAGUAGCCAGCAUCUAUGACCCGCUGGGUAUACUCUCACCAGUCACUCUCAUUGGAAAACUCUUUCUUCAGUCACUGUGGAAAUAUGAACAGAGAUGGGACGACGUACUUCCUGAUGAAUUAGCCUCCCAAUGGCAACACAUAAUUAACACUUGGUCCGAUCACACAUUGAACCUCAACCGCCUCAUCGUUGAAACAGGGCCAACCACGACAUCAGAUUUCGAUCUUCAUGUAUUUACAGAUGCGUCCGCAAACGCGUAUUGCGCAGUGGCAUACCUAGUUCAACGCCGUCAAAGUUCUCCUCACAAAGUUUCGAUCUUGAUGGCAAAGUCGAGGCUGGCUCCACUUCAUCAAUCUAUAACCAUACCCCGCCUAGAGUUGUCGGCUCUCACUAUCGGUUCUAAACUGCUUACGUUUUCUCUCUACGCAGCUAGACCUGGAUUUCUGUGGACCGACAGCACUGUUGCCCUUAGGUGGACAAACACUGAUAAAACAGUGCCAGUGUUCGUUCGUAACCGAGUAAAAACGAUUCGAUCACUUACCUCAGACGUCAUUAUGCGUUACGUCCCGACGGAAGACAAUCCAGCCGACAUUGGCUCUCGUGGAUCCAUAUUCACAGAAUUACAAGCAAUGACAAAAUGGUGGAGUGGUCCAGAUUUUCUGAAGCUGGAAGAAGCGGCAUGGCCUUCUUCCACAAACAGUACAACUACCGAGCUGUUUCACGCGGAACUAUCAGAGGAUAUGCCUCAAAAAACGAGUAAUGAGAGUGCAGAACAUGGCUGUCAUCCUGCCAUCUCCUCCAACUCAACACCACCAUUGAACCUGCAUUUGGACACCUUCCGCUUCAGCACAUGGAAUUCCCUGCUAAAAACGGUAUUCUUGAUCCUACGCUUCUUCACCACAAUGACUCCGAAAGCUGCUUCACUCUUCGGUCGUCAUCAUGCAGUACUCCGUGCAACAGCCAAACGAGGGAAUCAUAACAGCGAGCAAUCAAAUAAACUGCCCACCAACGACCAUCCCAUACAGGGACCGUCCGUGAAUAACCUUUCACUAAUAAACGCACCCGACUUGGCUUCAUCGGCCGAAGAUCGGCCAGUCGACUUCCGUCAUUACACAUAA